AUUAAUGUCACUAAAUUCGGAUAAGCAACACUGACCUAACUACAUCUAUAUCUACCACUUCUAUGUCUACAUCUUUAUCUCUUAACUUCUGACUAUUUUUAUCUCUGUAGCCGAAAAGUUAAUUAGCUUGCUAGCUAAGUUUAAGCUAAUUAACCGUCGCUGGUUUCUGUGACACGAAUCGACAGAGAUCAUGUGUGGAAGAACAGCUUGCACCCUCGCUCCUGAUGAGAUCCGGCGUGCUUCUCGGUACCGAGACCGGUCUGGACAUCAGCGACAGCCUCAGUGGCGGGACGGAGAUGCUGAGAAAUACCGACCCUCCUACAACAAGAGUCCUCAGUCCUUUAGUCCGGUUCUGCUGUCCAGCAGACACUUAAAUAAGGAAGCCUCAGUGGAUGAGUGCGUGCUAGCGACGAUGCGCUGGGGUCUGGUGCCGGCGUGGUUCAAGGAGAGUGACCCUAGCAAGAUGCAGUACAGCACCUCCAACUGUCGCAGCGAAAGCUUGCUGGAGAAAAAGUCCUACAAGGACCCUCUGUUGAAAGGCCAGCGUUGUGUCAUUCUAGCUGACGGCUUCUACGAGUGGAGGAGGCAGCAGAAGGACAAGCAGCCUUUCUUUAUCUAUUUCCCCCAGGACCAAGGAUAUAAGCAGAAUGAGAUGAAAAAGGAUGAACAGUGUGAAGGAGAGCCAAGGGACGCUGAAGAUGGCGGUGCAUGGGUAGGAUGGCGUCUGCUCACCAUGGCGGGGCUGUUUGACUGCUGGACUCCUCCUGGUGGUGGGGAGGUUUUGUACACCUACACUGUGAUCACUGUGAAUGCUUCACCAAACCUGCAGAGCAUCCAUGACAGGAUGCCAGCCAUUCUGGAUGGAGACGAGGAGGUGAGGCGAUGGUUGGAUUUCGGGGAGGUACGCUCACUGGAAGCUCUUAAGUUGCUUCAGUCUAAAUCCUGCCUGACUUUUCAUCCAGUCUCUUCAAUGGUCAACAACUCUCGCAACAACUCCCCCGAGUGCCUGCAGCCGGUCGACCCCGCCGCCAUGAAGGUUCCUACUCAGAUUUCGGCCAGCAGUAAGAUGAUGAUGAGCUGGCUGAAAAAUGGCUCGCCAGGUAAGAGGAAAGCAGCUGAUGAUGCCGAACCUAAAGAAACGGAAGAAAAGCCUCCAUCUGCGAAGCAGAAGUCCAAGGCCACCGGGAUGCUGCAGCAGUGGCUGCUGGGAAGUGGAGCCAGUAAGAGACCAAGAACAUAAAGCUCCUGAACUUUCAUAUUGUUAAAUUGUUUGGGAGUACUGAAGGCUAUUAGAAUUCUUUGGGGUUUUUUUUUUGCUGAAUGGAUAAUCUGGCGGUUUUCUGCUUUGCUUCUUGAGACACCUGAGUAUUUUAAAACCUAGUUUUGCACGAUUGUUACUUAUAUUUCAUAACCAUUUUGUAAAAAGUGGAAGGAGGGAGAAAGACACGUGGCAGUUAAUCUUCACUGCAUAUGAUAUAUCGUUGUUUUACAAGGAAAGAUGGUUAUCUCCACAGUUCGAGCCCAAUGUCUGUAUGGAUUGGUUAAAAGCAGACAGAGUAAAACCCACAUUUAUCUUAAUCUAUAAUAAACUUAUAAAGCCUCGAAAACACAGAGAAUGUUUAUUAUUAAUGUUGAAUAUAGAAUAUUUAAAUUCUUCCAUUUCAGUGCAAAUCACAGGAAGGGAAAUAAGACACUUUUUUUCUUAUAACAAAACGUUACUGGUAAGAGGUGUCACAAAAGUGCAACCGGAUUAAGGUAGCAGCAGUACAGUUUCUCUAAUGGUUUAAUUAUAUUCACUCAACUGAUUAAAACACUUCCUCUCUUUAUUUAAAACAUCCGACCCCAGCAUUCUGAGUUCGAUGACAGAGCACCAUUCAUAACCAAAACCAUUCGGUGAUGCGAUGCGCAGAUAAGAACGUGUAGAUCAUGCCAGUCAACGUACUUCAUAAAACAUAAAAUGGGAGAAAAAGCACUGCACAAAAGAUUUAUCCAACAAGUUUGUUUUUUUAUUAUUUUUUUAAUUACUUUUGAAAUACAUUUAUUUUCAAACAAUGUAUAUGCUGUGCUGUAAUAAAUGUUUCAUUAGUUGUCA